GGCCUCGUUUCCUGUUGACCCCAGGUAAUGAAUAAUAAUUAAGAAGGGUCUAUAACUUCGUCUCCGCUGUCAAUAACCUGAACCCUUGGGCAUUUUCCGCAAACGCACUAUGAACAUGCCAAAUUUAACGUCAAAAUUCGGCCAUUGCACUCACACUGAUCGCUACUGCCAUCUAGCGUUGAUGGCGACUAUUUCGCACCCACACCUGGUUCUCCUUUCCUUAAUAACAUCGCUCAGAGUAGCGUUUUACACCCCCAUAUCGUGCCUUGCUUUUGUGUACUUCUGCCUUUCAUCUUCUAGUUACAUAUUACGCCAGACUUGUAGGAUCGAUUGCUUCAUAGCUCUGUCGAAAGCCAUGCACCGGUGUCUAUCGUGCAUCAUAGUCGUGUCAUGGCGGCAGCAGAGCUAGCAGCUGUAGCAGAUGAGGUGCUUCAAUUCCUCGUACCCACAGCGAGGGUUGAUGUAAAGGUCACUGCACUGCAGUACUUCCUCGGACUAACUGGAACUCCUGAAGGCAGGAUCUUCAUGAGAAGCAGUGAGAAGAUCCUCAUUGCUCUUUUUGACCUGACCAGUGAUCCGCUACCCGUUAUCACAAAGGAUGCUCUUUUGGCAUUUCUUAACCUGUCUGCGGAAGAAGAGUGCUCCUGGAAAAUACUGAACAUUGAAGAGAGAAAUAUCUUGCCUGCCUGGCUCAAAUAUGUUGCAGACAAGGACAGUUCACAUGUCGACUUGGUGUGCAUGAUACUGUCAAACGUCACUCGAUCAGAGCGGUGCUGUGUGAAGGCGUUAGAGGCGAUUAAAAAAUCUGUGGUGACGAUUGACAUGCUUGUGGACAUCUUCUGUCAUGUGGGUUACAAUGCAAGUGGCAACAUGCAUUAUCUUGGUCCAGUGUUCUCUAACCUGACUCAGCUUGUAGAAGUUCGACAAUACAUCUUGAAAAGUGAUAAGGAGAGGUGUAUUAUUCAAAGGCUUCUAGCAUUCACUUCAUUCAUGGAAUCGAAUGUAAGAAGAGGUGGUGUUAUUGGUGCAAUUAGAAACUGCUGUUUUGAAUCAGACUAUCAGCGAUUGGCUUCUCGAAAGGAAGUUGAUAUUUUGCCGCCAACUACUGCUGCCUCUGGCUGGACCG